GUACAAUGUACAAUAUAUUCCUUUACAAAUCUCUACUAUAAAUGUUUGUUGAAGUCUCACUUGUCCCACGAUCACACGUCUUGUUACCUAGUUGUGUAAUUCCAUUACUGGAGAAAAAUACGUUCGGUACAAAAUGUUGAAAAUUGCAGCGGUGAUAGCGCUUUGCACCACUGGAAUAGCUUUCUUUUUAUCUUCCACGGAAGAACAUAAGGUUCCAACGUUACCGGAGACAAACUGGGGACCGAAGAAAAAUGGAAAAGAGUCUACAGAAAUACGACCCUUCAAGAUCGAUGUACCAGCAAAAGUCUUGGAUGAUUUAAAAUACCGCCUGACACAUAGAAGAACGUACGCUCAACCAUUGGAAGAUGUUGCGUGGACUUACGGUAUUUCGACUAAAUACCUCAAUACGGUACUUGAUUAUUGGAGUGAUAAAUAUAACUGGACUGAAAGACAGGCGUUGCUAAACAAAUAUCCUCAGUUUAUCACAACCAUUCAAGGUUUGGAUAUACAUUUCUAUCAUGUGAAACCAACAAAUCUACCAAAGGAUAAGAACUUAAAAGUUCUGCCUCUGCUAAUGCUACACGGAUGGCCGGGAUCAGUUGUGGAAUUCCAAAAAAUUAUACCCAUACUAACAAAACCUUGGCCUAAUCAGAACUUCGUGUUCGAAGUUAUUGCACCGUCACUUCCGGGAUACGGUUUCUCAGAAGGAGCGGUACGACCGGGCAUGGCCACUAGUCAGAUGGCUGUAGUAUUCAAGAAUCUGAUGCAUAGACUUGGCUUUGAAAAGUUUUAUGUCCAAGGAGGUGAUUGGGGAUCUCUUAUUUCCGCUAACAUGGCUGCUCUAUUCCCCGAAAAAAUAACUGGCUUACACACGAACAUGUGUGUCGUCCUGAUGUCAGCGUCUAAUUUCGCUUGGUCAAUUAUUGGUAGCUAUUUCCCAUCUUUAGUAGGAGCAAAGGAACAUUAUUCACUAUAUUACCCCUUCAGUGCAGCUAUGUCUGCGCUAAUUGAAGAAAGUGGUUAUUUCCACAUACAGGCUACAAAGCCAGACACUAUAGGCACUGCAUUAACUGCCUCGCCUGAUGCAUUAGCGGCAUAUAUUUUGGAAAAGUUCAGCACAUGGACAAAUAAAGCAUAUAAAGAACGAGAUGAUGGUGGUUUAACAGAAAAAUAUACGUUAGACGAGCUGUUAGACAAUAUAAUGAUAUAUUGGGUCAGUAACAGCAUUACUACAAGUGUCAGACUUUAUGCUGAGAACUUUGAUUCAGCAUAUAGAGCUUUAAAAGUUGAUCAAUUGCCCAUAAAUGUACCUACAGCUUGUGCAGCAUUCCCACAGGAAUUAUUACUUCAGCCUGAAAGUUUGCUUAAAUCAAGAUAUCCUAACAUAAUUCAAUAUAAUAUUAUGCCACGUGGUGGACACUUUGCAGCUUUUGAAGAACCUAGACUCCUAGCUGAUGAUAUUUUCAGUUUUGUUAAAAAAACUGAGGAACUUAAGGCAAAAUCUGUAUAAAUUGUGGUUCAAUUUAAUUCUUAAUCAUUUUUGCACAAGUAAUGAUAUAUUUUUUUAAACUACUUUAAUAAAUUGUACAUGUUUCAUAUUAAAUAUAAA